ACCUAACCCUACAUCAGCUUCAAUCAUUGAUUAGUUUGGGAAAAGUGUCAGCUUCUGAAAAUUCUCAUCUUAUCUUCUCCCUGCUCUGCAUUUCUUCAGUAAUCCCCAACAUAAACGCCACCGCAACCAUAAGUAGCGAUCAUUUCCCAGAGCAAGAAGUUCACAGCACCAGCCACCAGCAGCAGAAGAUGAAGCUUCACGUCGCCGUGGUCGCUUCCCUCCUAACCCUGGCCGCGGCCGCGCCGGCGGCCGGCGCCGUCACGUUCGACGCGACGAACACGGCGUCCGACACCCCCGGCGGCGAACGGUUCGACCAGGCCGUCGGCCUCGACUACGCCGAGCAGGUCCUUUCCGACGCGUCCACCUUCGUCUGGAACACCUUCAACCAGCCCAGCCCCGCCGACCGCAGGCCGGUGGACGCGGUCACCCUUGUCGUCGAGGACAUCGGCGGCGUCGCCUCCACGAGGGCCAACGGCAUCCACCUCAGCGCCCGGUACGUCGGCGGCUACUCCGGCGACGUCAGGACCGAGGUGACCGGGGUGCUGUACCACGAGGUGGUGCACGUCUGGCAAUGGGGGCUGCAGGACUACGUGGCGCACCCGGGGAUCUUCGAGGGCAUCGCCGACUACGUCCGCCUCAAGGCCGGGUACGCGCCGGGGCACUGGGUGCAGCCGGGGCAGGGCGACCGGUGGGACCAGGGCUACGACGUCACGGCGAGGUUCCUGGACUACUGCGACUCGCUGCAGCCGGGCUUCGUGGCGCAGCUCAACGCCAAGCUCAAGGACGGGUACAGCGAAGACUACUUCCUGCAGAUCCUGGGCAAGAACGUGCAGCAGCUGUGGCAGGACUACAAGGCUAAGUACGGGGGCUGAUAGGGAUAGGCGGUCCGUGGUCAAUGUGGCUAGCUUGGUGUGAUGAUUGAAUAAGGUGUUACGUGUCCGUUGACCACCUCGCAAACUACUAUUGCUUACUGAAUGAUCAAUAUACAUGCCAUGUGUUGACGUUUCUAAUUUGAAAAAAAGACGUGCAUAAAAGGCAUAUUCUGGGUUGGGUUGUAAACUUGUAAUGGAAAAUGGAAGUAAAAUUUUGAGCUUCAAGUA